GGGCUGGUUCCCAAGAGCCCCUGUGCCAUGGACUUCCCACCAAGAAGAGCAGCUAUGCUUACGUAAGCGAAGAGGACUGGGCCGAAGCGGUGUCUCCCAUCAGCCCCUGUAGUGACACGGAAGACCUGCAGGAUGACAAAGCCCGGCUUGGCACCAUCCGUGGACCACCCCCCAAGUUGGUGCCUGUCUCAGGGAAACUUGAGAAGGCCAUGGAGAAGUACGCUUAUCCGUCCCACGGCCUUCAAGCCAGUCAUGCCCAAGAACCGCAAUGGCCCCCUGCAGGGGCACUUGGCUCUGCGUCCCGGUGCCCCCGUGCUCUCCGAGAGCCAAGCUAGUCUCGCCCAGCUCUUUGGCGGUGCCCCUGCGGGCAGCACCGAGAAGCACAACUCCCUGAGCUGCCGAACCAGCUCUCACUCGGGGACCAUGUCGGACUCGGGGCGCAACUCCCUCUCGAGCCUCCCCACCUACAGUACUGGAUGCAGCCAGCAGAUGGAGCCAGUCAGCAUCUCCAUGGGCCACAUCAGCCUGGAUGGCGGCGGCGGCGUUGGCAUUGGCGGCAGUUCGCGUGGCCUCACGGGGCUUUCAAACUCGGACAGCGGCCGCUCGUCGUCGAGCAAGAGCACGGGCUCUCUGAGCGGCCGGGGCCACCAUUCCUCCGACAGCGGCUCCUGCGGGGGGCGUUCGCCUGUGCACAGCGGAGCGGAUGAAGCCCUCCUCAUUCACGAACUUGAGGAGAAAUUGCGGGAGCGUGAGGUCGAGCUGCAGCACCUGAGGGAGAGCUUGGAUGAGAACGAGGUGGCCAUUUGCCAGGUGUACGAGGAGAAGCAGAGGCGCUGCGAGGAAGAGAUGGAAGAGCUGCGGCAGGGCUACACCGCCAAGCUCCAGCAGUCGGCGCAGAAGGCCCAGCGCAGCCAGCAGGUGCUACAGCUCCAGAUCUUCCAGCUGCAGCAGGAGAAGAAGAAACUCCAGGAGGAUUUUGCGCAGCUGCUGGCCGAGCGGGAGCUGCUGGAGAAGCGCUGCGCCUCCUUUGAGCGAGAGCACACGGAGCUGGGGCCGCGCUUGGAAGAGACUAAGUGGGAGGUGUGCCAGAAGUCCGGCGAGAUCUCGCUACUGAAACAGCAGCUGAAGGAAUCGCAGGCGGAGGUGGCUCAGAGGGGCAACGAGCUGGUGCUUCUGAGGGCCCAGCUGAGGGAAGCAAGGGCUGAGCUGCAGGCUGGUGAAGAGCAGGUGCUGGGCUUGCAGGACGUGGCCCGCACCAAAUCCUUGGAGCUGGAGGUGUGUGCCAACGAGCUGGCGAGGCGCAAGAGCGAGGCGGAGUUGCUGCGCGAGAAGGUGGGGCGGCUGGAGCACGAGUUGGACGGACUGCGCAGUGCGAGCGGGGAGCUCUGCCCCCUGUUGGCCGAGUGCGACGAGGCCAAGGCCCAGCGCCAGGCAGCGGAUACCCUGCAGGGCUUGCGCUCCCAGGCCGAGCGGCUGCGUACCGAGCUGCUGUGUGAGCGCCGGCGCGGCGAGGAGCAGCGGGAAGCUUUCCAUGCUGAGCGCGUCACUUGGCAGGGGGAAAAGGACAGGGUUAUCCGCUACCAGAAGCAGCUGCAGCACAACUACAUCCAGAUGUACCGGCACAACCGUGACUUGGAGAGCCAGCUGCGCCACCUCAGCCUCGAACUCGAGGCCCGGGACAUGGAUGAGUACGAGAUGCACGGGGGCGAAGGCAUCUGCUUUGAGGAGAUUGCCGCCACCGAAAUCUGACCGUGCCUGGUGGAAGAAGGCCUUGGUGAAUAGGCCGUGCGGCUGCAGACAAGGGAGCAUGCUCCGUCGGACGUGAGAAUGGAGUGAGCUUGGAACCAGUGGUGGAGGGAGAGGCCUGCUAUACCUGAAUCCCACUGGGUAGCACUUGUUCCAUUACUUAACUUGGCUGGGGAACUCCCCCCACCCCCACCAGCUUAACAGAUUUCACUGCCAUUGAGAUAAGACAAGGACUGGGAGGUAGAGGGCUGCUAAGGAUUUUGCCAGUAUUUUCCAGACCUGCCUUGUCUGUUAGAGGCGGGGCUAACCUCUAACUAAGCCCACCCUUUGGAAUGUUGUAGCAGCAGCAGCAUCUCCUCCUCCUCCUCCUCCAUUCCCCACCCCUCCCCAUGGGGAAAUAUCUACCCUCUAGGUCCUAAUGCUGGCUGUGGUAGAAAAUGGCUACCACUGUUUUGCCUCCCGUUCUGUGGGCUGGAGAUACGGUGAAGGCAGGAAGCUCUCUCUUCUGCCACUACCUGUAUGAAGUGACCCAACUGGCCCUCAGCCACUACCUGGCUGGAAAUUAGGCUGAGUUGGCUUUGCCGACAGCCAGCUGAUCCACUUAACUGAGGGGAAGGAAUUAGCAUCGCCUGUUUUUAGGCUGGCUGGAGAAGCAUUUCACAGGGUGCUCUUUUGACCUUUGUCCCUGUCCUGGGCUGGGUAAAGUAAAUCUUUAAAAUAAAUUGGAGGGGGGGGGGAGAGAAACAUACAAUCAAAAGCCACCGAGAGAACCCCAGAUUCUGUGACUCUGACAAGCGGUAAGACCAAACAUUGAUUCUCAGAAUGCUGAAUUCUAGUCCCACAUUUAGUGCU